AUCGAGUUCAUGAUUUUGAAAACAGGAAUCACUCUUGCUAUUUCUCGUAAAGUAAACAUUUUAGGUAAAUCACCACAAUGAGCAGUGAGUCGACAAAGAUAGCCGAGCUCCAGCAGCGUCUGGAGGAGGCUGAAAAAAAUACAAUAAUGGCUGCGACCUAUGGCAAACAGCUGCUGGACGAGAACCACGAACUCCACACUAAACUAGAAGAAACCAUCAGGGAAUAUGCAACUAAAAUUGAGGAACUUGAGCAAGAAAAGCAUUGUGUGACACUCAAGCUGGAAGCAAAACUGCAAACUGAGCGAUCAUUAUCCUUAGAAUUAGAACAGUUUCGGGAUCAGCAGUCACACCAGAUCAAGUCUGCUGUGGAACAAGCAACUCAGGAAUAUACUCAGGAGAUGAACAAGCAGUCAAAGAAGAUGACAGAGUUAAAAGCCAUAAUCGACAGUCAGCAGAUUGAGAUCAGCCAAAUGAAAGAACGCACUGAUUUGCUGGAAGCUCAGCUGAAAGAAGCACAGGAGAAACUGGACAUGUGUAAUGUAUCCAUCCAUGAGCAGUCAACAGAUGAGGCCACAGCUUCUAUGCAGAGUCAGAUAAUGACGUUGACAUGUGAAAAGCAGGACUUGGAAACACAGGUGUCCUCACUAAAUGCUCAAGUAAAGACCAUGACACACAAACUGUCUCAGGCAGAGAAGGCAGUAACAAGGCUUGAGGCAGAAGUGGAAGAGAAGGAAUGUCAAUGUACAUCAUAUUACAAUACCCUGGAGCAUAACAAAGAAGAAAUGAUGGAACUCAAGAUGGAGAUAGAAAGUCUGCGUUUAGCUGAAACUGAUCCAGCCAAGAAAGGAAAUUCUCUCUUUGCUGAAGUUGAAGAUCAAAGGCAGGCCAUGGAGAAGAAGCUGUUAUCCUACAAAACAAAUUAUAAUGUUGUCAAAAAACAGUAUGACCUCAAGACUGAACAGAUUAACAAAAUGAAGUUACAACUGGCUUCUUUGCUGAGCUUAAAUAGCAGUAAAGCAGACACUGAAUACUUGAAUCAUCUGGAGGAAUCACUAACCCUGGCACGCACUCAGCUGGCUGAUUCUGGGAAAAGGUGCCGUGAUCUUGAGGCCCAGCUGAGUGCAGUGGUCAACCCUCAGAUGGAUUCUGGUGAAGGUGAAGAAAACAAAGAGACAUUCUUCAAGGGGAUGUAUUUAGAGAGUCAACAAAAACUUACUGACCUUGAGCAGGAGUUACAGAGUGCAAGAUUUGAUAAAGUUGCACUAAGUGACCGAAUAUUACAAUUACAACGGAAGCUUCGUCAGGCAGAGGUCACAAGAGAUGCCUCCAAUUCAGAAGCCAUCAGGUUGCGAGUCAAGUUGGAGGAGAUGGCAAUAAAGAAGGGUGAAAAGAUGGAUCGUGAGUCAAAGAAUCUGAAGCAAAUAGUGGAAAAGAUUCCAGGUUUCCAGCCUGCAACCAAGCAACCAGAAGAAAUGCAGCAGCCUCCACAGCUACCAGCAGCUGAAGAGACCAUGCCUUUGAAGGAAAAGUUAAUCGACAGAAACACACUACAAGAAGUUGAUAAAGAAAUUGCGAAAACUGAGAAAGAGUCAGAAGAAAAUGAGGAUUCAGAAAAUGUAGCACCAGCUCCAGAACCCGAGAUGAAAAAGAAAGCAAAGAAAUCUGUUCGUAUGAUGGAAACAGUUGCUGUUCAAGAGUGUGAUGGACAGGUACAGGAAGCAGAGAUGAAAAAAGAGGAUGGACUUGCAAAAGCAGAACGAAAGAAAAAGGUGUUAAGGAAGUUGGAGGCGCCUGUGGUGAAAGUUUCAUUGGAAGGCGUUGUGAAGCUGGUGAUUCUCUAUGAGCCUUGUUUUGAGAGCUCCAAAAAACAUUCUCUAUUGGCAUCAGUGAACUGUGUCAGAGAUUCAUGUAAUAUUGGUAUCCGUGAAUUGCAUCAGUCCAGGUGUAAUGGAUCUUUUUAA